AUGACGAGCUUGCUCGUCUCCUCUUCAUCGUACUUCCUUGCUCCGUUGAUCAACUCUCCGGCGAGUCAUGGCCACGGGCGGAGCCUUCCGCUCGGCAGGAUCCGGAGGCUGGACACCAGAGUUCGGCUGAGCUUCCAGGAGAUCCCCCCCGUGCAGGGGUUCGAGUCCUUUGGGGAUAUCCAAGGGAUCAUUGCUAGGGCGGAGGGGAUGGUCUAUGCGCUCGCGGACGCCGCGGUGGCGGCGGACCCCUCGGCUUCCGGAGUCGCGACGGACGCGGCGGUAAAGAAGAGUGGGGGAUGGUUCGGGUUCAUAUCGGAUGCUAUGGAGGUGGUCCUCAAGGUAUGUUGCCGGUGCCUCUUUGUCUGAUUUCGGAGACGUGGAAAUUCAGAACUAUGCCAGUGUCUGAAUGGGAGGAAGUCGGAGCGCCUAUCAGAUGUUAGACGUAUGUGCCAGUUGCUUAUACAAUCCGUCUUGUUUUUUUAUACUGCGAUUAAUUUCUUCCUGGCCUGUCGAUUUUCCCGUAACCUUGCUGUUCAUCUCAGAACUAAGCGACAUCGCAUGCUUUUAUUUGAUGAUCACUCGUAUCGUUGUGGUUUCCGACAAAAAACUUUUGGGGGUUUACUUUCUGGUACUUUUUUGUUUACAAAGAAGUUAUAGUAACCUCACAUAGUUCAUAUUUAGUAAUCUGAGAGUUCCGACGACUGUGCCUGGUUUCAAUGGCUUUUUUAUUUCCGUCUUUAGUUAUUCUAGCUUAGCAAGUGUUAAAGAAAAUGCGCAGUCCGACUAACGAAAUGUUACGUCUGUGAUCCGCAUGACAAGAAUUAGGGAUAGGGAAGAAUAAUCAACCCACAACAAAGGUACUAAUGUAAAGAAUUUGAUGUGGUUUGGAAGUUUCGCUAGAUAUAGAGAGGUUUAAAAAGAUCCUCUCACUAAGAACACAAGGACCGGAUCCUUACUCUUGGCCAACAAGACUCUCACUUAGGACCUAUGGAAAAAAUCCUCACUCUUUGUCCUCAAGACUCUCACCAUGAACCCCCUUGAGAUCUCUCAUUAGAACCUCUCCAAGAACUUUCAAAAUGGGAUGCUCCAAGAAUUGAAAAGAGAGCUUCUAUUUAUCCAUAUCUCCCAAUGAGCUGUUCUGCUUCCUAGAAUGUGCCCUUGAUUUCCGCAGACUUGGGCUGUUUUUGUGAGAAACGCUCUGUCUAUCAUUUAGGGUUAUUUCCAUGAGAAACAGUCUGCCCAGAUAUCGAGCCCUUUCUGUCUGCGAAGAAAUGGUCCACGUGUGCAGAAAUCAGGGGCAUGCUCUAGGAAGAGGAAUGGUCCAUUGGGGAUAUGGGAUCCUCUAAGGACCCUAUUAAUAAAGGGCACCUUUCCACAUUUAGGGACAUCUCGUUUGAGGGUUUUUAGAUAGGUUCCAAAGAGAAAUUUCAUAAAGGUUCUUACUGAGAGUUUUGAGGGCCAAGAGUCAGUAUUUAUUCCUUGGGUUUUUGGUGAGAGUUUAUUUAUAAACUUUUCCACAUCUAGUGAGUCUUUCAUCGUCGUCAUCUAUAGAUAUAGGAUGCUGACCUCUGUACCACAUUAAAUUCCUUGUCUAGGUGCCUUUGUUGUGGAUUGAUUAUUCUUACCUAUCCUUAUUGUUGUGCAGAUCAUGUGUGCAACAUUCUGUUAGUUCAAUUGGGCAUUUGCUCAAAGAGGAUCAUGCCAAUUUGAACACUAGAAAUAAUCUCUGAAGAAUCUUAACAUGUGAUCAGUGAAGUUCCAACUAAAACUCGUUUUUUAUGACUCAUGGUGAUUUAAUUAUUUAUUCAGAAACUAAGUUUGAUGUCGUUUUUUUUGUACAUUGAUCCUGCCAAACUCCAUUUAACUGUCAUAAGAUGAAACCAUUAAGGUCCGACAUGUCCAACUCAGUGUUCUCAUAUGGAGUGCUAAUUAUUUGUUGAGAGAACUGAGUUUAAUGCUGCUUUUUUUUGUGGACUGAUGCUUUCAAACUCCAUUGAAUUGUCAUCAAAGGAAAACGUGAAGCCCUGAUAUGUCCAACUCAUAGUUCUUACAUGGAGUACCAAUAAAACUCGGAUUGAUGCUGCUCGAUUUUGUGGUUUGAUACGGUCAAACGCCAUCUAGUUGUUGCAUCGAAAUGUACCACGUGGUGUGAUACUCAUGGAGGCUUGUAGCAUUCAAAUAUACGAACAAUGAGAUCUUUGAAUGUGAAGUAUCUGCUUUGAAGGCCUCUAAAUCAAAAUUUUCACGAAUUAGUAGUGUACGAAUGAGAUGGAGAUGGAUACGAGGGUGGCAGAAAAUUUUGGCUGCUGAAUAAGGCUUGAUAUGAUAUUUUCCGGAGCAAUAAACUUUGUUUGUUUACGUUUUUUUCUCUUGAAUAUACAAAUUUAUAAUGUGAGGUGAUAGACGAAUAUUUCAAACACCCGAGCAAGGAUGAGACGUGGUAUUCUCUGCUAGACACAAAAGCAUAUUUUUGAGCUAACCUACUCAUUCGGAUUAGGUUACUUAGGUACCACAUUAAUGUCUCUCUUGUUAUUGCAGAUACUAAAAGACGGACUUUCAGCAGUACACGUCCCUUAUGCGUAUGGUUUUGCCAUUAUAUUGCUUACCGUUAUUGUUAAGGUGCUGACAUUACCUCUGACAAAGCAGCAGGUUAGCAAGUAAACAGGUCAUUGAACUCUAUUUUUGAUUUUCAACGUAGGUGUUCUAUAUUCAUAACGGAAUGUGUCCUAUCGUCGUACACAUACUAUAUGAUUGCACUCUCUAGUUGGUACUAAUGGUAUUAAUCAUAGCUUUCAUGUCGUCAACAUUUUAUUGUCCUCGACGCUUUCUCAUUCUCAUCAGAAUUGCAUUGCCCUGAUUACUUCUUUCCAUUAUAGCAUGCGAUUACCUUAACAUCACUUUUAAAAUGUAGUUAUAUUCGUGCGAAUUUCUUUAUUCAGUCAUAUUGCUUCCAACCUCUAUUUGUUUCCUUUUUUGCAGGUUGAGUCAACUUUGGCGAUGCAAAAUCUUCAGCCAAAGAUCAAGGCAAUCCAACAAAGAUAUGCUGGCAAUCAGGUUUGUUGGUUGGGAUUAUAAUUUUUUAACCUAAUCUGCCCGCUGAAGUUUCCGGAUGACUCUGCAAAGCUUUACCUCUUAAGAUAACUCUCAUUUAUAUCUAUACUUGAUUUUUUUAUAACUAUUGACGAUAGUACAAUAAAAUUGCGAGUAGGCUGCUUAUUCUUUAUAGAAGAAACAAAUCAUGAAAUACUCUCGGUAAAUUUCUCUCUUGUUCCAUGUUAGCUAUGGUAAUGUUCCCAACAUGGCCUUAUUGAUAGACUUGAUUUAUGCGGAAUAAUUUAUUAUAUAGGAUAUGUUUUUGUGUCAGUAACUAUGUUGGUGAUGCCCACAAUCCAGUUGGAAAAAUGUGACCCAAAUAUUAAAAGCGAGGUAACAAAGCUUGAUGAGCAUUUAUUCCACCAAAGAUGUGCGGCGAAAUCCACCUGAUAGAGCGAGGUCUAAUCAGUGAAUAACAGGUGCUGCCUUGUGAGAUGGCUAUGGAUGAGGCAUGACUUGUGAGACGGCCAGGGAAAAAAAAGUUAUUGGACCGUAGUUGGCAAGUUCAUGUCAAAGUUGACUAUGACAACACUCGUUCCAAAAUUCUUUGUGAAGAUGUAUAGAUGUUACUGCUCAGGUGAGCUUUACAGCAGAAAAAGUGCUAUUUUGUUGGCUAGAAAAUGUUAUCUGAUCAUCUUUUAAACUCACUGGAUGUCCAUGUGAAUACCGAAAGGUUUCCUUAGUCUUUUUCCUUUGUCUUUAUUGAAAGGGCAUUCUUAGGCCUCAUUCUCUACCAAAUGUGCAAACUAACUUUCCCGCUUAAGACCGAGUCAAGAGCACUUGAGUAGGUUAAAAGUGUUUGGUACGUAAGAGAGAAUAGUCUAAAUCAUCUGUCAGAAUCUUAUUAUACUGAACUUUGUGCAAGUGGUCCCUUAACACAGUUGCAGUGGAUUAAUGUUGUACUGCUUUGUAGAUGACCAUAAAUCUGACAGAGACAAAUACAAAUCUUCUUCCAGUACAAUAUUGAAGUUUUCCUCCAUCUAAAGUGAAUUUCUCAUGGUUGCUCAUUAUCUAUGCGAUUGGAUGUCUGAUUUGAAACAUAAGACCAUAUCUCUGAAUGUUUUCACUGAUGCGAUUUGUAGCAUUUUAGAUGAAGUUAUGCUUUAUCUUUCAGAAAUAUUAUGAUUGCUUACUUUUGAAUAUUCUUCUAUAACGCGCAUGCUUAUGUUGGUUUUCUCGCACGCUUUGAAGUUUCUACGGUUUUUAGUUAUUGUUCAAUGUUUAUCCGCUACUAAUAUUGCCAUUUCUCGCUAGGAAAGAAUACAACUUGAGACAUCACGUUUGUAUAAACAGGCUGGUGUCAAUCCCUUGGCAGGUAUACUCAUGAUCAUAUACUACAUACGUUUUAUUUUCAAAAUGCCUUCAUUCUUUUGUAACACGGAUUCUUUUCAGUAGGAUACUUACCGUGCAACCAGGACCAUAACUUAUAGCCAAAAGAAAUAAAAGUUUCCUACCUAGAGGGGAUGAAGUCUUGGUUUGUAAAAUCGGUGCAAAAGUAAAGUUUUGAGUCAACAGGAGGCAGCUGCACGAUAUACUAGGAUUUUAUAGUGGUUCAAUCUAAUCUCAGGCCUACAUCACUCUCUAAGCAUCCCUUUGGGUAUUUGACUAUUACUUGUUAGGUUCCUAAAUAUGUUAACUAGACAUCUAACAAUGACUCAAGUUUUGCUGAAUCACAAACGUUUUUAAAUAUGGUGCAAAACGAAAUAAGAAAACUUACAGAGCCCAUAGCUGGAUGGGAAUGCACUUGAGCGAGUUGAGAGAGAGAGUUUACGAAACUCUGUCAAUUAUUUAGGAUAAGAAUACUGUUGUUGUCAUCAUUCUUUGAGGUUGGCUCUUUGGCUUUGGCAUGCUGAGAAGAAGGGAUAAAUGCCUUCCAUUUGUCUUUCUUUUUUUCAAUUAGAGAAUACAAGUCUGCAGAUCAUUUUCUUUCUCUCUUUUUGUUUUCUUUCUUCAUUUUCAUUGAAGAUCUACCAUGGAGUUCAGUUUAGUUGAUCGAACUUAAUACUGUACGCUAUAUCAAUUUUCCUUUCUUCCUUUCACUACGUUAGUGAUAGCAGAUUAUAAUUUCAUCCCAGUAUAUAAUUUCACCACUGGACUGGUCUGCAGAUCUGCACACAAACGCAGUUGACAAUAUUUCCAUUCACCCUAAUUUUACUGGUCAUACGAUGCUCAUAUAAUCCAUAAUAAUAUCGGUCAAUGGUUUCUAGCAACGUCACCGCCUUGGAAAUAGUGGUUCUCUUUAGGAUAGGGAGAAGAGAAUGUUCAUUUGUUGUGCAUAUUUAUGCAAUUGCUGCAAUGAUUUAGGGAUCAGAAAUUUACUUUUCUUUGGAAAAAUGGGGGCUGAUAGAUUCUCUGCGGUAGUUGUUGAUUCCUAUUGUGUCCAUGAGUCGGUAUGAUCUUUUUGUAAUGAUAUUCAUAGAAUGGCCAAUUGGAGUAUGUGGUUUAGUCUGGCUCUAGAAGGUGUUGUUUGGAUUGAUUAAUUUCUGUUGUCAGUACCUUUGCUUUUCUUUGAUUUCAAUUUUAAUCAUGUCGCAUUUAUGAUUUUAAUUUACCUAGGAUAACUCGAGACUACAGAGUCGGGUUCCUCUUUCUCGAGCCAUGUUUGGGAUUAGUUAAAGUGAAGGAUAGGAAAUCUGUGAGUUCCUAAGAAGUUACUGCUGUGAAGUCUACCUGUAGUAAGGGGUCUUUUCGCCAGAAUCCGUAAUUUUUUUCUUGGCUAACAUGGCAUUGUUUUUAUUGCUUCCUCUGGGAACAAACUAUUGCAUAAUUUAUGUCGUUCUAUCAACAUCGUUGUCUCUUGCCUAUCUGCCCCCCCUGAAUUGCUUCCCCCGAGGUUAAAAGGACUUGCCCUUGCUCUUACGUUUUUCUGUAUAUUUCUCUUGUUUUAUCAACCCAUCUUCAUGUAACCUCAUCCCGUUUGCGUUUUCCUUGGUAGAAUAGUUCUAUGAACGUAUAUUUUCUUCCUUGCGAAGAGAAAAAUUGAAGCCAUGGUAAAAAGCCAUGCUACUUCUCUUUUUUCCUUUGUCAUCUUCAUUUCUUGUGUCAGUGUAACUCAGCUGUAAACUCUGUUCCUUGUUCCUUGUGAAUGACGUCAUGAUCUCUAUUGGGCUUUUUUCCAGCUUCCAUCCUACACCAGAAGCUUAUACUUAUUCUCUUUUCAUCAUUUCGUCUUUUUUCCGGAGUUUUGUACCAUAAUUUCAUGCUUACUGAUCUGCUUUUUCUGACAUGCUGAAAAGGGUGUUUACCAACAUUGGCUACAAUACCGGUGUGGAUUGGUCUUUAUCAAGCUCUUUCAAAUGUGGCAAAUGAGGUAGUUUUUGUCUAUUUUACUAUUUGUUUUUUUUAGAAACAGAGAAAAAUUCUUAAAUUCAAUUGUCUAGUCUAUUGAAUGUGUCCACGGUACAAGUGAAACCACAGACAGCAUUGGGUUGUUUCAGUUCUUGAUCCAUUAAUCUGGUUUUAAGCGGCGGUAUGUGCAAAUGAAUGGUCUCAUGACAGUUGAUGGUUCUGCCUACAAUGUCAAGUGACUAUUCCGGAUCAGAACAUCCGACCAUGUGCAUACAUAAGGUGUAGUAAUAUGAUUUUGGAAUUUUAUCUGCAGGGAUUGCUAACAGAAGGCUUCUUCUGGAUACCAUCUCUCGGUGGCCCAACAACAAUUGCUGCUCGUCAAACCGGAGCUGGAAUCUCUUGGCUCGUACCAUUUGUGGUAUCUUGGAGUUCCUCAAUUCCAUAAUUUCUUUCUGAUCAACUGCACAUAAGUUGUACAUUUUUUCCUAAGGUUUUCAGGAAAAAAUCGAUAAGAAUUGCAUCUUAUUUCUCUCAAAGUAGUAUUUAAUCCAUUCCAUCUAUUUUUCAUAUGCAUUAAAUUUAAUUCUGAGAAGCAGAAAUGGGUAUCUUAUCAAAUGUUUUGCUAUUUAUGAUCUAGAUCUUGAUAUAUCCGUUAUUUGAGAUCUUUAUUUGUUUGGCCAGACCGAGAAUCUCCUUUAUCUCCUUCGGCUUUAGUUGAUCGAUGAAUUUCGCCCAUUAUCUCCUUUUUCUGUCUGCGUAUUCAUGGAUUUUAUGGUGACUAAUGACUUCUCCUCAAACAAACUCGAACAUUUCUUCAUCAUUGGGUUUAUUUAUCCUGAUUCCUCCCUUCCAAAAAUGUAUCGGGAAAACUCUUUAUUUCCCAAGGUUUUAAUUUUUAUAUAUACAGCACAUCUAUUAUAGUCUUCUAUCGCUGAGGCCGUACUCCAUUUCAGGAUGGGCAUCCUCCGUUGGGCUGGUCUGACACAGCAGCGUACCUGGUGCUGCCCGUCCUCCUCGUCGUCUCCCAGUACUUCUCCAUGGAGAUUAUGAAGCCCCCCCAGGUGGGUACCCAGCUCCGAGGUUUUUCCGCGUACAGGCUGAUGAAAUUAGACGGCAUGACUGUUUUGUUAACAGACAGACGACCCGUCCCAGAAGAAUUCGCUCCUCGUCUUGAAAUUCCUUCCCCUUAUGAUCGGCUACUUCUCCCUCUCGGUCCCCUCCGGGCUUUCAAUAUAUUGGUAUGUAUCUCGUCGUGGUACUAUUCCUUUUUUCUUUUAUUUUUUUCUUAUUUUCUGUGCAUAAACUGGGGACCCCCAAUCGACCCACUAACUUCCAUCUUUUCUUCCAUGGAUUUGCUCAGGUUCACGAAUAAUGUCCUCAGCACAGGGCAGCAGGUUUGGCUGAGGAAGCUAGGCGGCGCCAAGCCCGCCGUAGACGAGGGCGCCGGUCAGAUCAUCAGUGCUGGCCAGGCCAAGCGAACUGGUGAAAGGUUCCUUAUUUAACUUAAAUGUAAUUUAAUCAUUACAAGAUAUGGUACGUGCCAUAUCGUUGAUGUUCUUGGGUGCUCCAGGUUCAGGCAACUGAGAGGAGAAGAGAGCAGCAAGAAGGCGGCUGCGAUGGCGCCGCCGGCGGAGGCGGCGGCGCCCGCUGCGUCAGACUCCGACGUAGCCCAAAAGGUGCGUCGCCCUUUUCUUGCCCUGGUCAGCCAGCCGGUUGACGCCCCUAGUCUGACGCGGCUGCCGACUCACCAUCGUCCAUAAUUGGCACAGGAGGACGGCGGGGAAGAGGCGGCCAGCGGCGGCGAACAGCCAGGCGAGUCCCCCCGGCCGAGGAGGAGCAAACGAUCCAAGAGAAGAAGAGCAGUGCAGUAG